UGUGAUUGGUGUAUAUCCAUUGUCCUCCCUGCUCUCCUGGGAGGAGCCAGAUUGGACACUUGUCAUGGGUGCUGUUGACAAGAAGUGAACCUGCAAUAUGAUGCCGAACGCCGGUCACUUGGUCUUCAACCUGAGGACAUUCUAGAGCCUUAACACUUCGUUUUCCGUGAACAACUAAAGAAUGAAAAACAGGCUUCAGGAGAAGCCAUGAAAGUUAACCCAGGUGUCCAAGAGUGAAGAUUCCAAGGCAAUGAGAGAAGCAAACUUCCAGAUGUGGUGCUCUUGAGACCCUUUCAUCGUGAACAUCUUUACUGUUCAGGAGAAGUCUUCACGAGCAUAAUUGCAUUUUCUAUAUCACCUCGUCCAUUUCAAGGAUUCUGCUAUGGCUAACUACCAUUUUCAGGGAGAACGAUGCAAGACUCUUUUGUAUGUACUACCUUGGCUGGAGUACAAGGAUCAAGUUCCUUCCUUGCUAUGAUAGCUUCUACCACACAGACCAAGGACCCAAUGCGUCAAGUAUAUUAAACCCAAUUCUAUACAGGGACUUGGGAACUGACAUCCAGGUGCCCAUCACCCCCAUUGCGAUUGGACAGUCAAGUUCUGUGACCACCACUCCUGCCAUCAGCCCUGACCUGCAGAGGGGAGCCCCACUGAGCUUGUUUGUGAUGCUGGUGCUUCUCUCACCAGCAUAUUCCUGCUGCCUUUGGUGGAUGAUGUGUCUGUCCUCUGGGCCUUUCCGUGGAACAUGAUCAUCUGUUGGGUCUUCUGGAGUCACAUAAUAUACAUGCAUGUCCAUGUCUCUGAGAAUUUUAAUCCCUUCUUCUGCCAUCUGCAGCAGUAAUUUGGGCAUUUCAACCCCAAUGUAUAUACAUUAUAUAUAUUUAUAUAUAUACAUAUAUAUAUAUAUAUAUACACACACACACAACAUACAUAUGUAAAAUCCCAAUGCAUAAAAUUAUAUACACAAGUCCAAGGUUUUCCCAAUUAGACCCUGAUUUUGGCAUAGUAGAGCUGCUUCAGUUGAGCCCUUGACAUAGCCUUUGUCACCUCAACUAGGUUCUCCAGAGCAAAAAUUGCCCAUUAGGGGAGUCCUGCAUUGGGUGGAAGGUGCUGAGGCAAUUGUCCCACCACCUCGCCCAGUCACAGAUGGGGUUGCCCUUGGCUCCAACAGUGAGGCUGAGCCUGAAGGAGCUCACAGCUGGAGGCUCGUGGCGGUCCAUACUUCUCACUGCAUCAUUUCAAACUAGCUCAGAUCUGACUAUUUCUUUCACAGAAGGUGUAAGAAACUUAAGAAAACAAAACAAAACAAAAACAAUCAGCAUAUAAGGCUUAUUCUACUCAUUUUUAGGAAUUUUUUUUGUUUUGUGUCUCGUUUGAACUGCCUUUCCUCCUGCCUAAAAAGCAGCAUCCAUCUAUGCCAUCUUUGUAAAACACAAAUUGUCUUGGGUUACUAGCUCCAAGCCACGCCCACACCACCUUUGGUCUAAAUCUUGUCAAAUCUUGGCUCACUUCACCCUUUCAAACAGAAUAAACCCUCCUGCCGACAUGGCAUAAAAAGAGAUUUUUGUCAUUUUUCCCUCUGUGACCCCUGAGUGUACACCCGGAAUACACACUCACUAACUGGCUCCCCAGCCCAACCAGCGAUAAGCCAGCUCAGUCUGUCCUCAAGCACCUGGCACUUGCUUGCACCCAGGUUCUCAGUCAUUCUGAUCCAUUUAUGCCGCCAUCUUGUGUAUCUGGUUAGCCCAGGUGGCAUUUAUCCCAGGAGCCGUCCUGCCCCAAGAAGGAUGAAACAUUUAAUAUGGGUCAAAAGGCUGAGAUACAUAUAUCCACGAGUGCAUGAAGAAAGAAGACCAAAGCAAUUACUAUGACACUAGCAGUUUUUAAAAUAGAACCAACUAUUUUGCUUCAAGACAUUUAGGUUGACUACUGGACUAAAACCUUAAUAAAGGCUGGGCAAGGAGAAUACUCUUUGAGGAUGAAUUAUUCAUCAUUACUUAGAAUUUGGGUCUCUUUCAUCUUCGCACUUGUACGGCACCAAGUUCAGCCCAGGGAGCUCAUGUAUCCAUUUUGGCAGAAUGACACCAAAACCCCUAAAGUAGACGACGGAAGCUCAUCUGAGAUUAAGCUGGCCAUCCCCAUCUUCUUCUUUGGCGUUCCUUACCGCACCAUCUAUGUCAAUAACAAUGGAGUUGUUUCAUUCAACGUGCUAGUGAGCCAGUUCACGCCCGAAUCUUUUCCCCUGACGGAUGGGAGGGCCUUCAUUGCUCCAUUUUGGGCAGAUGUGCACAAUGGGAUUCGAGGCGAGAUCUAUUACAGAGAGACCAUGGACCCUGUCAUCUUGAAAAGAGCCACCAAGGACAUCAGGAAGUACUUCAAAGACAUGGCAACCUUCUCUGCCACUUGGGUUUUCAUUGUGACCUGGGAGGAAGUCACGUUUUAUGGAGGGAGCAGCACCACACCUGUGAACACCUUCCAGGCCGUCCUGGUGUCUGACGGCUCCUAUACAUUCACGCUCUUCAAUUAUUACGAAAUCAACUGGACCACUGGGACGGCGAGCGGAGGUGAUCCCCUGACGGGUCUUGGGGGAGUGAUGGCACAGGCAGGAUUUAAUGGUGGAAACAUCACCAAUUACUUCAGCCUUCCGGGGUCAAGAACCCCUGAUAUUGUGAAUAUCCAAGAGACCACAAACGUCAAUGUUCCAGGUCGCUGGGCAUUUAAAGUUGAUGGGAAGGAAAUUGACCCAGCCAAUGGCUGCACCUCCAGAGGACAGUUCCUUCGGCGAGGGGAGGUGUUCUGGGAUGACCUGAACUGCACCAUCAAGUGCCGCUGUCUGGAUUUCAACAACGAGAUCUACUGCCAGGAGGCCCCCUGCAGCCCCUACGAGGUGUGCGAACCCAAAGGCAAAUUCUUCUACUGCAGCCCGGUGGAGACCAGCACGUGCGUGAUAUUUGGGGAGCCGCACUAUCACACGUUUGAUGGCUUCCUCUUCCACUUCCAAGGCUCCUGUGCCUACCUGUUGGCCCGACAGUGUUUACAUACUUCCAGCCUCCCCUUCUUCAGCGUGGAGGCAAAGAAUGAGCACCGGGGGGGCUCAGCUGUCUCCUGGGUGAAGGAGCUCUCGGUGGAGGUGAAUGGCUACAAGAUUCUCAUCCCCAAAGGAAGCUAUGGAAAAGUCAAGGUUAAUGACCUAGUGGCUUCUUUGCCCGUCACCUUAGACUUGGGGGCGGUGAAAAUCUACCAGAGUGGCAUGUCUACUGCCGUGGAAACGGAUUUUGGGCUCUUAGUGACGUUUGACGGGCAGCACUACGCCUCCAUCUCCAUCCCGGGCUCCUACAUCAACUCCACUUGCGGGCUUUGCGGAAACUACAACAAAAACCCCCUGGAUGACUUCCUGCGCCCCGACGGCAGGCCAGCCAUGUCAGUGCUAGACCUGGGAGAGAGCUGGCGGGUCUACCACGCCGACUGGAAGUGUGACUCGGGCUGCGUGGAUAAUUGCACCCAGUGUGACACGGCCACCGAAGCCCUCUACUUUGGCCCCGACUACUGCGGCUUCCUCAACAAGACCGACGGCCCCCUGUGGGAGUGCGGCACUGUCAUGGACCCCAUGGCCUUCGUGCACAGCUGCGUGUAUGACCUGUGCAGCGUGAGGGACAACGGGACACUCCUGUGUCAGGCCAUCCAGGCCUACGCCCUUGUGUGCCAAGCCCUGGGCAUUCCGAUCGGAGACUGGCGAAUCCAGACUGGGUGUGUGUCCAUGGUGCAGUGCCCGAGCUUCAGCCACUACUCCGUGUGCACCAGCAGCUGCCCGGACACGUGCUCAGAUCUGACGGCCUCCCACACCUGCGCCCUGCCCUGCACGGAGGGCUGCGAGUGCAACGAAGGCUUUGUCCUCAGCACCAGCCAGUGCGUCCCGCUGCACAAGUGCGGCUGUGACUUCGACGGCCACUACUACGCCAUGGGCGAGUUCUUCUGGGCCACGGCCAACUGCACGGUGCAGUGCCUGUGUGAGGAGGGCGGCGACGUGUACUGCUUCAACAAGACGUGCCGUGGCGAGGAGGUGUGCACAGUGGAGAACGGCUACCAGGGUUGCUUCCCCAAGCGGGAGACCGUGUGCCUGCUCAGCCAGAACCAGGUGCUGCACACCUUCGACGGCGCCGCCUACCCCUUCCCCGUCGAGUUCUCCUACACACUCCUCAAGACCUGCCCUGAGGGGCCAGAGUACUUGGAAAUCGACAUCAACAAGAAGAAGCCCGAGGCAGGGCCUGCUUGGCUGCGGGGUCUCCGGAUCCUGGUGGCCGACCAGGAGGUCAAGAUAGGAGGCAUCGGGGCUUCGGAGGUCAAGGUGAACGGUCAGGAAGUGGAACUGCCUUUUUUCCAUCCUUCGGGGAAGCUGGAGAUUUAUCGAAACAAAAACAGCACGACCGUCGAGUCCAAGGGUGUCGUGAGCGUGCAAUACUCAGACGUGGGUCUGCUGUACAUCCGGCUCUCCACCGCCUACUUCAACUGCACGGGGGGCUUGUGUGGCUUCUUCAACGCGAACGUCAGCGAGGAGUUCUGUCUCCCCAAUGGCAAGUGCACGGACAACCUGGCGGUGUUCCUGGAAAGCUGGACCACUUUCGAGGAGAUCUGCAACGGGGAGUGUGGGGACCUGCUGAAGGCCUGCAGCAACGACUCGGAGCUGCUGAAAUUCUACCGCAGCCGUUCCAGGUGCGGCAUCAUCAACGACCCCUCCAACAGCUCCUUCCUGGAGUGUCACAGCGUGGUCAACGUCACCGCCUACUACCGCACCUGCCUCUUCCGCCUGUGCCAGAGCGGGGGCAACGAGUCCGAGCUCUGUGACUCUGUGGCCCGGUACGCAAGCGCCUGCAAGAACGCCGACGUGGAGGUGCAGCCCUGGAGGACCCACGACUUCUGCCCUCUGGACUGCCCGGAGAACAGCCAUUUCGAGGAGUGCAUGAUGUGUACAGAGACCUGUGAGACCCUGGCGCUGGGCCCCAUCUGUGUGGACAGCUGCUCCGAGGGGUGUCAGUGUGACGAGGGCUAUGCCCUGCAAGGCAGCCAGUGCGUCCCCCGGAGCGAGUGUGGCUGCAACUUUGAGGGACACCAACUUGCCACCAAUGAGACCUUCUGGGUGGACCUGGACUGCCAGAUCUUCUGCUACUGCAAUGGCACAGACAACAGCGUCCACUGUGAAACCAUCCCCUGCAAGGGUGACGAGUACUGCAUGGAGGAGGGCGGCCUCUACUACUGCCAGGCCCGCACCGACGCCUCCUGCAUCGUCUCGGGCUACGGCCACUACCUGACCUUUGACGGCUACCCUUUUGACUUCCAGACCAGCUGCCCGCUCAUCCUGUGCACCACAGGAAGCAGGCCGAGCUCAGACACGUUCCCCAAGUUCAUCGUCACAGCCAAGAACGAGGACCGGGACCCGUCGCUGGCCUUGUGGGUCAAGCAGGUGGACGUGACCGUGUUGGGCUACAGCAUCGUGAUUCACAGGGCCUACAAGCACACGGUGCUGGUCAACGAUGAACGGCUCUAUCUGCCCCUGAAGUUGGGACAAGGGAAGAUAAACAUCUUUUCCUUUGGCUUCCAUGUGGUGGUGGAAACUGACUUUGGCCUGAAGGUUGUGUAUGAUUGGAAGACCUUCCUGUCCAUCACGGUCCCUCGGGGCAUGCAGAACAGCACCUACGGCCUGUGUGGCCGCUAUAACGGCAACCCCGAAGACGACCUGGAGAUGCCCAUGGGUCUGCUGGCCUCCAGCGUCAAUGAGUUUGGACAGAGCUGGGUGAAGAGGGACACCUUCUGCCAGGUUGGCUGUGGCGACCGCUGCCCUUCCUGUGCCAAAGUGGAAGGUUUCUCCAAAGUGCAGCAUCUCUGCAGCCUGAUCCCCAACCAGAAUACGGGCUUCACCAAGUGUCACAGCAAGGUCAACCCCGCUUUCUUCUACAAGAACUGCCUGUUUGACUCUUGCAUCGAUGGCGGCGCCGUGCAGACCGCCUGCAGCUGGCUGCAGAACUACGCCAGCACCUGCCAGACGCAGGGGAUCGCGGUGACCGGCUGGAGGAACUACACGUCCUGCUCCGUCACCUGCCCUCCCAACAGCCACUACGAGAGCUGCGUGAGCGUGUGCCAGCCCCGCUGCGCCGCCAUCCGCCUGAAGAGCGACUGCAACCACUACUGCGUGGAGGGCUGCCAGUGCGACGCCGGCUACGUCCUCAACGGCAAGAGCUGCAUCCUGCCCCACAGCUGCGGCUGCUACUCUGACGGCAAGUACUACGAGCCCAAGCAGCUGUUCUGGAACAGCGACUGCACGCGGCGCUGCCGCUGUUUCCGGCGCAACCUGAUCCAGUGCGACCCGCGCCAGUGCAAGUCAGACGAGGAGUGCGCGCUGCGCAACGGGGUGCGCGGCUGCUUCAGCACCAAGACCUCCUACUGCCUGGCGGCCGGCGGCGGCGUCUUCCGCACCUUCGACGGCGCCUUCCUCCGCUUCCCGGCCAACUGCGCCUUCGUGCUCUCCACCAUCUGCCAGAAGCUCCCCGACAUCUCCUUCCAGCUCAUCAUCAACUUCGACAAGUGGUCGUCCCCCAAUCUCACCAUCAUUUCGCCCGUCUAUUUCUACAUUAACGAAGAGCAGAUUCUCAUCAACGACCGUCACACUGUCAAGGUGAAUGGCACACAAGUGAAUGUUCCGUUUAUAACUGGGUUGGCAACCAAAAUCUACAGCAGCGAGGGGUUCCUGGUGAUCGACACCAGCCCUGACAUCCAGAUAUACUACAAUGGUUUCAACGUCAUAAAAAUCAGCAUCAGUGAGAGGCUGCAGAACAAAGUGUGUGGCCUUUGUGGCAACUUCAAUGGGGACUUAACCGAUGAUUACGUGACCCUGCGGGGGAGGCCUGUGGUGAGCAGCGUGGUGCUGGCCCAGAGCUGGAAAACCAAUGGCAUGCAGAAGAGCUGCAACGAGCUGCAGUUCUCCCAGUACGCGGCCAUGUGUGACAACGUGCACAUCCAGAAGAUGCAGGGCGACGGCUACUGCCUGAAGCUCACGGACAUGAAGGGCUUCUUCCAGCCCUGCUAUGGGCUGCUCGACCCCCUUCCCUUCUACGAGUCCUGCUACCUGGACGGCUGCUACAACCACAAGAAGUACCAGCUGUGCGGCUCCCUGGCUGCCUACGGGGAGUCCUGCCGCUCCUUCGGGAUCCUCAGCACCGAGUGGAUUGAGAAAGAGAAUUGCUCAGGAGUGGUUGAAGAUCCCUGUCUGGGGGCGGACUGUCCCAAUCGAACCUGUGAGCUGGAAAACGGAGGGGAGCUGUGUGGCUGCAUGGAGCCCCCUCCCUACGGAAACAACUCCCACGACAUCAUUGACGCAGAGGUGACCUGCAAGGCUGCCCAGAUGGAAGUGUCCAUAUCUAAGUGCAAACUCUUCCAGCUCGGCUUCGAGAGGGAGGGUGUGCGGAUCAAUGACAGGCAGUGCACCGGCAUUGAGGGAGAGGACUUUAUCUCCUUUCAGAUCAACAACACCAAAGGGAACUGUGGAAACAUUGUGCAGUCCAAUGCCACUCAUAUCAUGUAUAAAAACACCAUUUGGAUAGAAAGUGCCAACAAUACUGGCAACAUCAUCACCAGGGACAGGACGAUCAGUGUGGAAUUUUCAUGUGCUUAUGAGCUGGAUAUCAAGAUCUCCUUGGACUCUGUCGUGAAGCCUAUGCUAAGCGUCAUUAACCUGACAGUUCCAACCCAAGAAGGCAGCUUCACCACCAAGAUGGCGCUCUACAAAAAUGCGUCCUACAAACAUCCAUACCGCCAGGGCGAAGUGGUGCUGACGACUCGAGAUGUGCUGUAUGUAGGGGUCUUUGUGGUUGGAGCCGAUUCCACGCAUCUGAUUCUGACGCUGAACAAAUGCUACGCCACCCCCUCCCGCGACAGCAAUGACAAGCUCCGAUACUUCAUCAUUGAAGAAGGGUGUCAGAACAUUAAAGACAACACCAUUGGCAUCGAGGAAAACGGUGUCUCCCUCACCUGUCGCUUCCACGUCACCGUCUUUAAGUUCAUCGGGGAUUACGAUGAAGUCCAUCUGCACUGCGCAGUGUCCCUCUGUGAUUCAGAAAAGUACUCCUGUAAAAUAAAUUGCCCUCAAAAUUCCAGGAGUGCCACAGAUUACACCAAGGAACCUAAAGAACAGAUCAUUUCAGUGGGACCUAUUAGGAGAAAAAGGCUGGACUGGUGUGAGGACAACGGAGGGUGUGAGCAGAUCUGCACGAGCCGGGUGGACGGGCCUCUGUGCAGCUGCGUGACGGGGACCCUGCAGGAGGACGGCAAGAGCUGCAGAGCCUCUAAUUCUUCCAUUGAACUUCAAGUUUGGACACUGCUUCUCAUCAUGACCCAGAUUUCAUUAUGGCAUUUUGUCUAUACAUCAGGCACGACCUCAUAAUUAACUCAAGGUUGCUAUAUAAAGUACUGUAAUUUACUUACUUCAACUCCCUGUAGGAUAAAAGGUGUGUGCCCUUAAGUCAAAAACUAUUUGAGAUUGCCCACUGUCUCAAAGUGAUGCCACCUGCCCCAAACAGUCAGGGUUCCAGAAAAGAGGGAAAUGCCAUGCUCCUCUUUCAAGGUAUGCAACUGGGCUUCUAAAAGCCAGUUGUGGAAAACAUUUAUCUUGCCUAAAAUUUCCAAAUAGUUGUCACUAGAAACGUUGGUUCGCAUGAAAAAACGGUGAAGGAAAAAAUUCUGGUUAGACAAGUCUGUCGGAAAUCUGACCAGAGAAAUCUGUCCCACCAGUGCCGUUUCUGUAUCAUAGUUUUUAUAGAGAAGGGCCUGUUGGAACGAUAUCGGAUAUUGAGAAGCGGUGAUUGGAAGGUUUGACUCCCUCUAAGGAAUCUCUCCGAUGUUUGGAAGCAUCUGACCUCGAUGCACCUGUGUUGCUCCCCUCCCCACACCCGCCCCUGUGUCCUCCAGCCCUGCUGUGCCACGUGGCCACCACAUGUAUUGUUUGCAGACCUGGGGAACCCCAACACCCCAUCCGUCUCUUCAGACCCAAACUCUUCUCUCUCACAA